CAUCCAUCCAAACAUCCACCAAGCACAAACCAACACACACGGAGCAGGCGGAUACCACACGACGGAGCAGACCAACAGCGGCACACGCGUGUUUUGAUACGUUUGUGCGGGCAGUGGUGGCAGCGAUUUCUUCCCGCCACUUUGACUUGACCCCAAUAUGGCAAGCAAGGGGGUGUUGAAUCGCAUUGCCGUCUCAUUCCAGGGAUCUGUGUUGCGCUCGCCAUUAUCAACAACAACAUCAACAACAACAUCGACCCACCGCACUGGUCAGGUUCUGAAAGCUCGCAACUCGUCGUCGUCGACGACGCAGGCGAUGAAGAAGUCCAAGAAGGGCGCCGACGCCGGCAAGACGGUGGAGGAGAUCUACCAGAAGAAGACGCAGCUCGAGCACAUUCUCCUGCGUCCAGACACCUACAUUGGCUCUGUCGAGAGCAACACCAAGAACCUCUUUGUCGUGGACCCAGAGGCGGGUUUUGUCCAGCGUGAGAUCACCUACGUCCCCGGCCUCUACAAGAUCUUUGACGAAAUCAUCGUCAAUGCCGCUGACAACAAGAUCCGCGAUCCCACCAUGGAUUGCAUCAAAGUGACCAUCGACAAGGCCAAGGCGGAAAUCUCGGUGUACAACACGGGCAAGGGCAUUCCCGUGCAAGUGCACGCUAAGGAAGGCGUUUACGUGCCUGAGCUCAUCUUUGGCCACCUCCUCACUUCCUCAAACUACGACGACAACCAGAAGAAGGUCACGGGUGGACGCAACGGCUAUGGUGCCAAGCUGUGCAACAUCUUCAGCACCAAGUUUGUCGUCGAGACGUGCGACACGGAAACGGGCAAGAAAUACCGCCAGGUCUUUCGCGACAACAUGGCCAUCAAGGAGGACCCCGUCAUCGUCAAGACAAAGUCUUCGGACAAGGACUUUACGCGCAUCACGUUCCGGCCGGACCUGAGCAAGUUUCACAUGAGCGAGCUGGACGACGACAUCAUUGCGCUGAUGGCGCGACGCGUGUACGAUGUGGCCGGCACCACGCGCGGCAUCAAGGUCUACCUCAACAAUGAGCGGCUCCCCGUCAGGCACUUCAAGGACUACGUCAACCUCGUCCUCCGCGACCAGAACGUGGACACCAAGGUUGUGCACGAGGUUGUCAACGACCGCUGGGAAGUGUGCAUGACCCUCAGCGAAAACGGCUUCCAACAGAUGAGCUUUGUCAACUCAAUUGCGACGACAAAAGGCGGGACGCACGUGAACUACGUCGCCGACCAGAUUGUGUCUGGUCUGCUGUCGACCAUCAAGCGCAAGAACAAGGGCGCAGCGGUGAAGCCGCACCAGGUCAAGAACCACAUGUGGCUCUUCAUCAACUGCCUGAUUGAGAACCCCUCGUUUGACUCGCAGACAAAGGAGAACAUGACGCGGCGCUCCAAGGACUUUGGCUCCAACCCGGUGCUGAGCGACAAGUUUCUCAAGAACAUCAAGGACACGGGCAUUGUGGACGCCGUGCUCAACUGGGCCAAGCUCAAAUCGCAGGCGCAGCUGUCAAAGGCGAGCAGCGGCAGCAAAAAGUGCAAGAUCUCCGGCAUCCCCAAGCUGGACGACGCCAACGAGGCCGGCGGGCGCAACUCGUCAAAGUGCACGCUCAUCCUGACCGAGGGUGACUCCGCCAAGGCGCUGGCGGUGAGCGGGCUGGGCGUGCUUGGGCGCGACUACUACGGCGUCUUCCCGCUCCGCGGCAAGCUGCUUAACGUGCGCGAGGCGUCGCACAAGCAGAUUAUGGACAACGCGGAGGUGAAGAACAUUGCCAAGAUCAUGGGCCUCAAGUUUGGGCACGAGUACACGACGACGAAGCAGCUCCGAUACGGGCGGCUCAUGAUCAUGACCGAUCAGGAUCAGGACGGCUCCCACAUCAAGGGCCUCCUCAUCAACUUCAUCCACCACUUCUGGCCCUCCUUGCUCAAGAUGCCUGAUUUUCUGGUUGAGUUUGUGACGCCGAUUGUCAAGUGCACAAAGGGCAAGCAGGAGGUGUCCUUCUUCACCAUCCCGCAGUACGAAACCUGGGCCGAGCAGCAGGGCAACCUCAAGGGCUGGCGCAUCAAGUACUACAAAGGUCUGGGUACCAGCACACCGCAGGAGGCCAAGGAGUACUUUUCGCACAUGGACGACCACCAGAUUCCGUUCUCCUACGAGGGCGACAAGGACUUUGAGGACAUUGUGAUGGCCUUUAGCAAGAAGCACGUCGAGGCGCGCAAGCAGUGGCUCAAGAACUUUGUGCCGGGCACGUACCUGGACCACGCCACGGAUGCCAUCUGCUACUCGGACUUCAUUAACAAGGAGCUGAUUCUGUUCUCCAUGGCGGACAACGUGCGGUCCAUCCCCAGCAUCAUGGACGGGCUCAAGCCGGGCCAGCGCAAGGUGCUCUUCUCCUGCUUCAAGCGCAAGCUCAAGGACGAGAUCAAGGUGGCGCAGCUUGCCGGGUACGUCUCGGAGCACUCGGCCUACCACCACGGCGAGAUGAGCCUGGCCGGCACCAUUGUGGGCAUGGCGCAGCGGUUCGUGGGCAGCAACAACCUCAACCUGCUGCUGCCCAUUGGCCAGUUUGGCACGCGCCUGGCGGGCGGCAAGGACGCGGCCAGCUCGCGUUACAUCUUCACCUCACUGUCGCCGCUGGCGCGCAAGAUCUUCCACUUGGCGGACGACGCCCUGCUCAACCACCUGGAGGACGACGGGCAGACGAUUGAGCCAGAGUUUUACGCGCCCAUCCUGCCCAUGGUGCUGGUGAACGGCAGCGACGGCAUCGGCACGGGCUGGUCCUCGUCCGUGCCAAACUACAACCCGCGCGACCUGGUCAACGCCCUCAUUGCCAUGAUUGAGGGGCAGGAGCCGGACGAGCUGCACCCCUGGUACGCCGGCUUCACGGGCGAGAUCACGCCAAAGGGCAAGGACAAGUACGCGGUGCGCGGCACGCUGAAGAAACUCGACGAGACGACGAUUGAGAUCUCGGAGCUGCCCAUCCGCACGUGGACGCAGCCGUACAAGGAGUUUCUGGAGGGCCUGGCGGCGGACGACGGCAAGAAGCCGCCGCAGAUUCUCGAGUUUUCGCAGUACCACACAGACACGACGGUGCGCUUUGUGGUGUCGAUGACGCCCGAGCAGAUGCAGGCUGCGGAGACCAAGGGCCUGUACAAGGUCUUCAAGCUGGAGGGCUCAAUCUCCACGUCCAACAUGACGCUGUUCGACCCGCAGGGGCGCAUCAAGAAGUACGAGGGCGUGCAGGAGAUUCUGCGCGACUUUUUCGACGUGCGCCUGCGCCUGUACCAGAAGCGCAAGAGCCUCCUGGCGGACUGCAUGACCUCCGAGUACAAGAAGAUGGACAACAAGGUGCGCUUCAUCCUGGACGUGAUCAGCGGCUCGCUCGUCAUCAGCAACCGCAAGAAGGCCGACAUUUUGCAGGAGCUGCGCGCCAAGGGCUUUGCGGCGUUCCCCAAGCCCAAGGGCAAGAAGGGCGCCAAGACGGUCGGCGACCUGGACGACGACGCAGCCGGCGCGCCGCCGUCGUCGGACGAGGACGAGGCGCUGGAGGAGUCUGCAUCGGACUUUGACUACCUGCUGAGCAUGCCCAUGUGGAACCUGACCAUGGAGCGGGUGGACAAGCUGACGGAGGAGCGCAACGGCACCGAGGCGGAGCUCAACGCGCUGCUGGAGAAGACGCCGCAGGACCUGUGGAAGGAGGACCUGACCGCGUUUGUGGAGGCGCUGGCGGAGAUUGAGGCCGCGGAGGAGGAGCAGGAGCUCAACAUGAGCCAGGUCAUUGAGAAGAACCUCAAAAAGUCCAAGGCCAAGCGCAAGACCACCCGCAAGAAGAAGGCGACGGCGGCUGCGAAGAAGAGCAAGAAACAGGCUGUCAAGGCGGAGGCGAUGGAUGACGACAACGACGACGACGACUUUGCGGGCGACGACGCGUACGCGUUCACUGGCGGCGAUGACGAUGACUGGAUGCCGCCGGGCGGCGUGACGACGGCACCAAAGACGAAGAAGGGUGCCGCCAAGGCCAAGAAGAGCACGCGGCAGCUGGACAUCAAGGAGUCCCUGAGCAACGGCGGCGCCAAAACGACGAAGCGCAGCAUGCGCACCGCAGCCAAGGUGGCGCAGAAGAGGACGCAGAAGAUGGAGGAGGAGGUGGACGACGAGGACGUUGACGACGAGGUUGAGUGGGACAUGCCUGCUGCGCAAUCCAAGAGCAGCAGCGACACCAGCUCAAACUCCAUUGCCCUCGAUGGCGAUGACGAUGAUGAUGAUGAGGAGUUCAAGGGUGGUCUGUUUGCGCGCCUGCAGACACGUCGCCGUAACGUGGCGGCCUCGCCCGACGAGACGGUGUCCGUGUCUUCUUCCUCUCGCAGCAGCACGAGUAGCAAGGCAAGCAGCACCAACGGCGGCCGGCGCGGUGCGGCCAAGCGUGGCGCCGCCAAGCGCACGUUUGACGAGAGCCGAUCGCCCUCGCCCGCAGGGGGCGAGGAGGACGAAGACUUUGUGCUGGACGUGUCUGACGAUGAGGAGGGGGAGAACGAUGCUGGUGACGACAGCGACUGGGAGGCACCCGCCCUCGCGUCCAAGGCAAAGGGCAAGAAGAAGGCCGCUGCGACGGCAAAAGCAAGCCGCGGUGCGAAGGCGGCCAAGAAGACAACAGCAGCAGCGAAGAAGACGACCAAGGCUGCAACCACAGCCAAGCGCAAGGCCGCUGCGAAGAAGAGCAGCACCAAGGCCAAGGCUGCGGAAGAUGAGGAUGACCUCGACACGUCCGUGUUUGAUUUUGGGGCGGAUGGAAGCGUGAGCAACGACGACGACAACAACAACGCUGACGAUGAUGAUUUCUCUGUCGCCAGCCUGACGAGCCGCCGUGGUCGUGGUGCUGCGGCUGCCAAGGGCAAGAAGGCCAAGGCCGCACCCGCCGCAAAGCGCGGGCAGCGAAAGACGAAGGCUGCUAUCGUGGACGCGGUCAUCUCUGACGACUCGGACGACGACGACGAAGCGGUGGUGGUGGCAGCAAAGGCCAAGAAGACAACCGCAACAAGGGGCAAGAAGGCGGCAGGCACCAAGACGAAAGCAGCGACCAAAACAACAAAGGCGCGCCGCACGGGCCGCAAGGUGAUUGCCGAUGACGACGACGACGACGACAUUGAUGCUGACGGUGGCAUGGACGACAGCUGGAUGCCUGACAGCCCUGCUGCGCCAAAGGCCAAGGGGAACAAGAAGGCGAAAAAGGCUGCGCCCGUGAAGAAAGUCAAGAAGGCGACGACGACUGCGAAGCGCAGCAGUCGCCGCGUCCUCAGCGACGAUGACGACGGUGCCGACGAGGACAACAGCACGGGUGGCCGGUCGCGUCGUCCGCGACGCACGCGGAAGAAGGUCGACUAUGCCGCCAUGAUGGAGAGCGACGAUGAAGCGAACGGCGCAGCGCAGAACGACGGCGCCAACGAGGACGAGCAGGAGGUCAUGGACUUCAAGGACGACGACAGCGACUUUGACGCCGCAGACGAAAGUGACUCUGAGUUUGAGCUGUGAAGUGUGUGUUUGUGUGUGCGUGCGUAUGCGUGUGUGUGUGUGUGUGUGUGUGU